GCGCCCUCCGCAUCUGCGCCGGCUUCCCCUCCUCGCCCACCCAAAAGCAGAGACAAGGGCGAUGCCCGCGACGGCCCCGAGGGAGCGGGGAGGCCGAGGAGGAGCGGGCGGGCGAGAGAGAGAGCUGGAAGGCAGCGGCCGGUGUGCGCGGGCGGAGGCGGAGCCCAUCCGCCCGGAGGCGAUGCCGCCGAGCUCCGGCGCAGACCCUGAGCGGGGAGCGGGCGAGGCGGAGGGGAAGGAAGGAGGAGGAGGAGGAGGUUCGCCGCUCCGGGGCCUCCGAGCAGGGCGAGCGGGCGAGGCAACUUUGGCUGCCUGGCUUGGCCGGCCCGGGAUGGCGGGGGAGUUACCGGGGGGCCGCCUGGGCGGCGGCGGCGGAGGAAGGUUGCAACCUGGCCGGCUGCUUUGCGGGAAGAGGUCCGUUGAGUCGAGGCCUGCCGGGGCUUUGAAAGGAAGCAGGGAAGGAGGAGGAGGAGGAGAAAGCGGCGACCGGGGAGGGAUUGCCCAGCGGCGCAAAGGGACGGGCGACUUCGCGAGUUGCAGGAACCGGGCCCAGCCCGAAGCGGCCGCCGGGCCAGCCGGCCGGGAGAGGUCUGCUGCUUGAGACAGGCUGGAGCCGGAGGUCCCUCCCUGGCAGGCGGAGCCCCUGACUGAACCGGACGUGCUUGGUGUGGAGCGGCUGUCAUGAUCUCUGCGGCACCUCUCUACAGCGGGGUGCACAACUGGACGGGUGCCGAGCGGCUUCACACGUGCAGCCUCAACGAAGAAAGGAGAGGCCCGCUUUCUGAUGAAGAAUCUGACACCAGCAGUUCCCAGCACCUGGGUUCGCCUGAGUUCUGCAACAGCUUUUCCAAGGUGGAGAUCACAGCAGUUACGGGAAGCGGUGGGGGCGCCGAAGGGUUUGAACCGGAGGGCACCGUGGAGGAAGAACCCGGCCCCCAACUCCGGGAGCAGGCUCACGAGCCAGACAGUGCUCAGAAGGCCUUGAAGGGCAGCGAUGCCAAGACUGGGAAGCUUCAAGAGCCAGAACUGCCCCAGCUGGACGACAGCAGCAGCCGCAGCCUGGACGGCCCGUGUCCCUCUGCUGGAGAGGCGACGGAGGUGACCCUGUUUUGCCCCAAAGCUCUGGAGAGUGAACAGAUGGGAAAAGAGAAGGGUCUCCCAGCGACCGGUGCCUCCGUCAACCCCAUAACUGCUACCAGCAGCAGCAGCUGCAGUACGGUGGCCCCGGCUCCUACCACCUACACCCUGAAGAGCGUCUGUUUUUCGACCUCCCAGGCUCCUCCUAUGCAAAAAAUGUCCCUCUCCCUGCCUCCAGGAGCCACUGUCCUCGCCCCCAGCCAGCCCCUGGUUUACCUUCCUCCUCUUUCCAACACGCUGGGGGUCUCGCCCGCCCUUGCCCUCCCGGUCUUAUCCUCCUUCCAACAAGACCCUUGCCUGCCCGGUCUUCAUCCCUAUCCGUAUGCUUUCUCUGUGAGCAGACCCUUGGCUGCUGACCCCAAAGCAGCCUGCGUGGAGGCCGCUCAGUUAAGCUGCACUCCAUCUUCCGGAGAAAACAGUAGCACCCCUGCCGCGCCGGGCUCGGGCCCUCCUGCCAACGGCCCAGAGCUGGCCCCCAGCACCCCUGCCUUGGCAGCCUCCUGUGCCAGCGCUGUCCCCCUCUCAGGUCCUGCCACCGUGCUGCCCCGAGUUCCCGAACGGCUCGCUGCGGGGGUCCUGGCCUCCAUCUCCCCGCUGAAGUCCCCCCCGCAGCUGGAGCGUGAGAUGGUCUCCUCCCCGGAAUGCAGCGAGAUGCCUCUGGAUCUGUCCUCCAAGUCGAACCGCCAGAAGCUGCCUCCGCCGAGCCAGCGCAAGACGCCCCCGAUGCCCGUGCUGACCCCGGUGCACCCCAGUGGCAAAGCUCUGCUCACGCCAGUGUUCUCCAAGAGUCGAGUGGCCCAGGCCGCCACCUCGCCCUUCGUCAUCUUCCCAGAGCUCCUACGCAACGGAGAGCAGAGCACAUGGGUGAAGAACCCCACGGCCUUCAUUGGCACCAUCCCGGGCACCUACAUGGGGGUGGCCAACCCAGUGCCAGCGUCGGUCUUGUUGAGCAAGGAUUCCGGGGCCGACUUAAGCAGCAGGGACCCCCGCCAUCUUCCAAAGCAGGAGCCCAUCUGCAUUAUCGAUCAGGGAGAGCCCCGGAGCGCCGGGCUACCUUCUGGGAAAAAAAGUGGGGCAGAGGGGCAAGCCGACCCCACGAGGCGCACUCUGGCUGCUCCGUUACGCCCUUCCAAAGAACUCUCACUCUGGAAUCCCAGCCAAGCAAACAUUUACUCUCGGUGUUCGGUCAACGGGAAGCCUGCCAGCCCCCAACUCCUGCCCAUCGGGUGGUCCCAUUACCAUCCGGGCACCCUGCUUUCCAUUGGCAUCUCGGCGACGGCACAGCUGCCCCCUAAUCCAGUCGGGCCCUCUAAGACCCCCGGCCCCAGCGAACCAGUUGUGUUCCCUGCUGGGCAGCUGGCAGAAGCUGCCCCGGUGGUCCAGAAGCCCCCCGAAGCCCCCUCCCAGGGCAAGGGCUGUAAGGCAGCCCUGCCCAGCAUCGAAAGCCCUUUGUGCGUCUCUCCAGCUCUCCAGACCAGCCCGCCCGAGGCGAAGGGCUCAAAGGGCCUCGAGCGACGAGAGACGGACUCGGCUGCCGAGAGCGCUCUCCCCCCACCCGAAGCUCUCCCGGAGGGUUGUGCCCACAAGCACUCCGGGGACCCCAAAGCUAAGAGUCCAUUCUUGACUGCCCAUCUGCCCCACGGCCUGCCCUUAGCCAGCCAGGCGAGCCUCCGGGUCACCGCAGAGUUGGCCUCCCCGGCCGAGAACCAGUGCCGAGAGCGGCGAGGAGACGUUUCCCGCAACCCACUGAGUGUCGAGAUGCCCCCCUGCCCCAGCCAUCAGGUGGACCUCAGCCGGAUCAAGAAGGAGCGGGUGGAGCCCGAGGCCCCCUUUGCCUCGGCCACUUGCCUGCACGCGGGGGCCACCCUGAGGGACCCUCCGAAAGCCAAGCUCAAGGGACUGGCCCACAUCAAGGUCGAGGGGGGCUUCCCGUGCAAAUCCAAGCGGCACCACGAUGGGCCGGAUCGGCCAGCCCACAAGAAGCCGACGAGCCGCGCGGGAGAAGAAUUGGGGGCUCCCUGCAAGACGAGCAGCCAAAAUCAGCACAGCCGCAAGUGGCGGAAGCAUCACGGUCACCUCCAUGAGAUGGCGGAGGAGGGCCGGCUGGGCUGCAUGAAGGAACGGGGCAAUCUCCGUGCCAAGCGCAAACGCCGGAAGUUGUCCCCGGGCCACCGGGGGCACAGCUGCAAGGAAGCUUACGUGGAGAAGAAAGCCAAGAACAAUUUUAGAGACUUCAUCCCCGUCGUGCUGAGCAGCCGGACACGCAGCCAGUCAGGGAGCAUGGGGGGCUCUUCCACCGGCAUGUUAGGAGAGUGUGACGGAGCCGGGCAGGAGAUCGUGCCGCUGCUGGAGGAGGCGAACGACGAAGACGAGGAGUUUCCCCCGAAGCAUCACCGGCUACGGAAGUCCCACCGCCUCUCGCCUCACUCCAGCUGCAAGGAGCACUCUCGGUCGGAAAGGGGCGUCUUUCAUCCCAGUAAGAAUCAGGGACUGCUCUGGCAAGGAGAGGCCAGCAGGCAGCUGUGGAGCCGCAAGGAAGCCGAAGAGGAGAGCAGCCACGUCAAGAGGAAGAAACGGAGGCGGCAGAAAAGCUGGAAGUACCAAAGCGGAGAAUAUCUGAUCGAAAGGGACAAAGGAGAACACUUGAGCUGCUGCCACCAUAAGAGGCGGAAAUCCAAAGCAGACUUCCGGUACAGAAAGCACAAAAGCUCAACUCUGGGCAAAGCCUCUGAGCUCUGCCUUAGGAGCAGGCUCUCCCCGUCACUCCAAGGCCACCUGGACUUCCAGAAUGGGUUCCUCCUGGAUCACUCCGGCGUGGCUCCAAUGCAAGAAGGGCUGGAGAAGCCUUCCGGGAAACGCAAGUGCAAAACCAAACACCUGUCAGGCAUUUGCGAAGAGGGGAAGGCCAAGUCCCGCUCUCCAAAGAAGUCCCGGGAACACAGCCCCUUUGGCAAAGCUCGGCAGCACAACGUGGAGAGGACCCCCGAGACCCCCGCAAGUCCACCCGUGCCCCCCGAAGCUCGACGUCUGAUCGUGAACAAAAACGCUGGAGAAACGUUGCUGCAGAGAGCGGCCCGGCUUGGUUACAAGGACGUGGUGAUGUACUGCCUGCGGAAGCCGAACAACGACGUCAACCACCGGGACAACGCCGGCUACACCGCUCUGCACGAGGCCUGCGCCCGGGGCUGGGUUGACAUCCUGCAGAUCUUGCUGGAGCACGGCGCAAACGUGAACUGCAGUGCACAAGAUGGCACCAGGCCGGUACACGACGCAGUCGCAAAUGACAACCUGAAGAUUUUGUGGCUGCUCCUGUCCUAUGGUGCUGACCCGACCCUGGCCACUUAUUCGGGGCAGACGGCCUUGAAGUUAGCCAACAGCGAGGUGAUGAAAAGCUUCCUGGCUGAUUACCUCUUGGACCUGCAGGGACGACUUGAUGGGGACCCCCAAACUGCCUGGGAUUUCUACAGCAGCUCGGUAUUAGAGACGAAAGAGGAGUUCAGCUGCGACCUUUUGCUCGACCCUCCUGGGGGCUCUGAUCAGGACGAGGAGGAGCUGGACGCGGACCACUUAAUGUUCGAGUUCUCGGAGAAGUCGCUGCUCCCCUGCUACAACCUGCAGGUUUCUGUCUCCCAAGGGCCCUGCAACUGGUUUCUCUUCUCGGACGUCCUCAAGCGCCUGAAAUUCUCCUCCCGCAUCUUUCAAGCCCGCUUCCCGCACUUUGAGGUGACGACUCUGCCCCGAGCGGAGUUCCAGCACCAGAUCUCGCUCAGCCAGGUCCUGGCUCCCGAAGAAACCCAGGAACACGUGGUGUGUCCCUCUGCGGCUCCGGGCGCCAUAGAGACGGUGGAGCUGGUGCGCUACCAGCCGGAGCUGGUCCGGUUACUGGGCUCCGAAGUGGUGUUCGAAGCCUGGAGCAGCUGACGGGGCCCCGACAGGCCAGCCGGAGAAGCCCCUCCACCACCGUCUCCCUCCACCGUCAGACUGCACCGUGAGGCAAUAAUGGACCAAUGAGGCGGCCUUCUCCAGGCCAAACGGGGGAGGGGCACAGCCCUUCUAUUGACUUGUGGCGGCUGGUUGCUCUCCUCCCGUUUUGGGGGGGGGGGGGAGAGGGCCAGGGGCUGACUCCUCUCUCUCUCUCUCUCUCUCCCUUCUCCGGGACUUGAAGUUUGCUGCCCCCUCCCCCUCCCUGCAGGCCUUGGUGGUUUUGAAGUGGAACCCAUCUCUCCCCCCCCCUUCUCACUAGACCCCGUCCCAAGUUCUUCCAGGGUAUUUAUUUAAUUAGUAUUUAAUUUGUGGUGUUCCUUUGAGUGGGGGCGGGGGGGAACUUCUGCUAAGUCUGUAUCACUGUGAUUCUUGGGAAGAGUCAGUUGCAAGAGGGGGGUGGGGUUGCCUUCCGGUAGCCACCCCAUCCCGGUAGCCACCCCAUCCCGGCUGGACCAGACUACUGCUUCCCUCCCCCAACCUGGAUUUCAUGAAAUGCAAGGAGGGAAGGAUGGGGUGCCCCACGGUAUUCCUCCUUUCAUUUGGAGGGACAUUUGGUUUGUUGGGCAAGGGGGGGGGGGAGAAUGAUUUCCUCUUUGGCUCCCCCCCCAGCCCUUUUCCAGAAGAUUCUCUCUGGACAGGGACUGAAUUGGUAUGGAGCCAAAGGAGUUUCAGUAUUCUGGGCUAACUUUUCUCCCUGCUUUUUUUUUCUUUUUUUUUUUUAAACUCUUCCCUUGGUUCCAUCGGUGGUUCAGGUAGCCGGGCCAUCAUCUUCAGCCAGGCCGUGGAGAAGCAGCCCAGCUAGGGGGCAGGAAAGGGGGCAUAGAUGGUACAGUUUUAAUGUACAGGUGCUAACCAAGGACUGGACAAUCCAUUUUACUGGCUCUUCCCUGUAACUGAGAUGGGGUGUCUGGGUGCUUUUCCAUUCUUUUGUGUUGCGGUCCACCUCAUCCCACCCUCCCAACGGGAGAAGCUGCAUUUCCUUCUGCUUCUCUCUCCCCCCACCCUCCUCUUUUCCAGGGAGGCUGCCUCUUCAGCACCACCACCCCCUCCUCCCUAAUAAGCAAAAUCAUUCUGUUUUUUCCUUCCCCUCCCUCUUUCUCAUGUCGAGGCAUCAGCCUUUGGGUGUUUAUUCUGGCUGCUGGUUCCACCCUUUUCUCCGAUUUGUUUUAUUCUUGGAACAAUGCUUUGGUGUCAAAAACACUUCUGUACAGAAAAACCUGCAUCAGGGCCCCCGUCUCCUGCGUCUUCAUUUUUAGGCAUGGUGUGGUCUUGCACACAAAGUUUCGUCGGAGCAGCGUGGCCUUCCAUGCUACACGGCGAUUCGGAAGGCAGAGGGUGGGCUGGGAUCCCCCUGGUGAAGAGCAGCCUUCUGUAGCUUUAUCCUGACCCCGGAGAAAUUGGGACAAUGGGUGUUCUUUCCUUGGUCAAAAUUCAGCCUCCUUUUUCUCUACACCAGAGGUGUCAAACUUGCGACUUUGCGUGAUGACGUAUCAGAACUUUUUCCCCAUUGCUGGCAAUGGGGUGGGUUUCCUCAUGGCACUUUGACACCCCUGCUCUACACGCUGGUGUCGAGCCCAUCUGGGCUGGAGGGGGGAGGGAGGACUGAGCAGGUCCUUCCGAGGGACUGGGUUGAAUUUCGCUCUGCUUUGCAAACAGGGAAGGGUGGAAGGGAAAUUUAAGUCAAAGUUGGUCGAGGAAAUGGGACCGAUCCAUGCUUCCAGUUUUCUCGGAGGCAGCCUAAGCUACUUCCAGUCGGCACCUUUGAUUCUGCCCUUCCCACCAGCUGAAUCAAAGCGGAAGGGAAUCGUAGUAAAAACCUUUGGGGGCUCCCGUUUAGAGCAGCCUUUAACUCUUUUGUUUCCUGCCUAUUCUUUAGAAGUGUCGACUCCACAAAGAUCGCCAAAUUCCAAGCCAGAGCAAUCUGACAGCAGUGCUAACCGUUUAAGCCAGGGGUCUCCAGCCGUGGCAACUUUUAAGAC